CAAUCUGCCAUUUAGACCCUCCUCAUCCACUGGAACAGAAAGCCUCAUUAGUGAUGGGCACAGGCGGGUUACAGGCAUCCUGCAUGUCGGGUGAGGACAACGUGACUGGUGGCUCGGUCCUGCAGCCCGCCUGGGACCACCUGCACCAGAACCACCACGACCUCCUGAGGAGCCCCCUGUUCCCCGUGGUCCUCUCCGUCGGCACCUACUUCUUCCUGGUCGGCCUUUACACCGCGCUCGACCUGCUGGCGCCCACCUGGCCCUCCAUCAACCGCUACCGGCUCCAUCCCGACGGAGCCGUCGCCCGGCCCAACAUCUGGACCACGCUGGGUGUCACCGUCUACAACCAUCUGCUUUACGUCCUUCCCGUCGCGGUGGCCCAGUGGCUGUGGAGGCCGCCCACCCCGCUGCCCUGCGAGGCGCCCACUCUGUGGAGCUUCUUCCUGGGCGUCCUGGGCUGCACGGUGGUCUUCGACUUCCAGUAUUACCUGUGGCACCUGCUGCACCACCGGGUGCCGUGGUUGUACCGCACGUUCCACGCCGUGCACCACCAGUACAACCAGCCCUUCGGCCUCGUCACCCAGUGCCUGUCUGGCUGGGAGUUAUUCAGCGUGGGGUUUUGGGCCACGGUGGACCCCGUCCUGCUGCGGUGCCACUGCCUCACAGCGUGGGGCUUCAUGGUCUUCAACAUCUACAUCUCCACCGAGGACCACUGCGGCUACGACUUCCCGUGGGCCGUGCACAACCUGGUGCCCUUCGGCCUGUGGGGCGGGGCACCAAAGCACGACGCUCACCACCAGCAGCCCGGCACCAACUUCGCCCCGUUCUUCUCCCACUGGGACUGGCUGGGGGGGCACCCACACCGAGACCAGACGGGGAAAGGACUAAAGAGUUAAUCUCUCCUCGACUCCCAACACCAGACCACUCCCUCUCUUUUCCCGUCUUGCAUUCUCUCUCUCUAACACUUAGUUGCUGAGUAACUCAGUGUGAUACUAAUCAUACUCUCUGUGAGAUGCUCCGAGUUCUCAAUAACACCCCCU